AUGGAAACCCACACAAAUCAGAACAAGUUCUUGUAUGGUUACAGAAAAACUUUCGUGGUUGGUGAUUACAGCCGUUGGAAGACAGAUCGUUCCGAUAAAUUCUCCACCCUGACUGAUGACGAGGUGUUGGUGUUAUUCUGUUUUCUGUGUUCUGACUCCGGUCCUCCUGACUUCACUGAAACAGAGUGGCUGGACUUGCUUAAUGAGAUACGACAGAGAGUGUACGAUAAAUAUAAUCCUGUAACACGUGAGGAAGCACAGCAGACUCUGGACAGACUGAAGUCACGUGAUUACCUUUGGGAAGAUCGGGACAAGAUAACGAAGGACACAAAGGAUGAGACAAUGUAUAGGAUAGCAUCAAAAAAAAGUAAUAUACCAUUCUAUUACAGUAGUUAUGACACAGUCAGUGUGUACCUGAGAUCACAGAGAUACAAGAGAAAACCUGGAGAGAAGUGUAUCAUUAGUGAUGACUGUGAUUACUUACUGAUACUCCGUCUAGAAAUGAAUAUACUGACUCACGUCACCAUGGAGGACACGUAUAUAUAUUCUGAGAUAUACAUGAUGUUUGCUGUGUAUAAAGGUAAAGGAAAAGAGUUUCUAACGGAACUAAGAAGAGAAGGGGAGGCUGUACAUUACAGAGGAAGAUCACAGGACAGAGUAGAUCACGUGACGUGGCUCUGGAGAUACGAGAGACCUGACAUCGUGAUAUCCUUUAUAGGUCUACAUCCACACUGGGACAUUUACAUCAUUGACAACAAAACUUAUAGUAAACCAAGUAAAGUCCAUAGCUAUGAGCCGGAAGUCAGAUGUCAACUUUAUUGUUUAGUUAUAUCUGAUAAAUAUCGGAUUAGUGUCAUUGAACAAUCACAAAAAAUCACAAAGGACAAAAUAAGAAAGAGGUAUUUUCCUGAUAUUACUGAUGAUGGCUCGGUAGAUCCCCCUGAUGGAAUCACAGAAACACGUGAUGGUGUGAUAACCUUUAUAUCAGACGACAUCCGACAUGACGUCAUGUACGCCUUUGUUACGGAGUGUCUGGUGGAGAACAGUGAUCUGGAGUUUUUCUUGACCACGGCAUCACGUGACGUGAUCUCAGAAUACUGUCGGUCCUUUGGUUAUAUUAAUAGGAGGAAGGGAGAGAGAUGUCUGUAUGUACCGGACAAACCGGAGAAGAUGUACGACCUCUUCAUAGACAAACUACAGCUGGACAUCAUCACACACUGUACCGUGUCUGACAGGUUGAUUCAGGACAGGAUCUGUAAACGUUUGGGAGUACCUAGAGAAGUACUAGAGUGGGACCAGGAGGCCAGAGAGCGGUAUGUGGAGUACGCUAAGAGAGGAACACAGACAGUCCACCACGCCCGGGGGAUGAUUGUAGGAUGUGCUGGGGCCGGGAAAACCACGCUACUUAAACGUCUGCUCGGAUGUAGUGAAGACGAGGUUAAGGAAGUAAAAUCUACUGAGGGAUUGGAGGUGCAUGAGGAAAUAUUCGAUAUAUGUGAUCAAACGAAAUCACUAAAAGGUGAAAAUAAUAACAUUCUAUUUAUAUGA